AUGGCAGAUGUCAAAUCAUUGUUGGACAAAGGUUCAAAAAUUGGUGGUUGCCAAUUCAUUGGAAUUUGGGGGAUGGGCGGUUUGGGCAAAACAACUCUUGCAAAAGCAUUGUUUAACAAAUUGCGUUUUAAUUAUGAAGGGUCUUGCCUUUUGACUAAUGUAAGGGAAGAAUCAAAGAGACAUGGAAUGGAUGCUUUGAGGGAAAAAGUUGUUCGGGGGUUAUUAGGGGAUAAAGAAUCUCACAUUGGCAAUGCAAUAUGUCCUUAUACCGUCAGUAGGCUUGGUCGGAAAAAGGUUUUCAUUGUGCUUGAUGACGUUGAUGAUCUUACACAUUUAGAUAAGUUAGUUGGAAAACAUGAAUUUGGACCUGGUAGUAAAAUCUUGAUAACAACCAGAGAUAAGCAAAUACUUGGUAAUGAAGUGGAUGAUAUAUAUGUGCUUCGUGGUUUGAGUCCUUAUGAAGCUUUUGAUCUAUUCUCCAUCAAUGCCUUUAGAAAUUGCGAUGUUGACCCAAAGAUAAGAGAGCUAGCAGAAGAAGUGACUAAAUAUGCAGGUGGAAAUCCAUUGGCCCUAAAGGUUUUAGGCCGCCUCCUAUGCGGCAAAAAGCAAGAAGCAUGGAAAAGCCAAUUGGACAAGCUUCAAAAAUUACCUUGUCAAGAAGUCAAUAAAAUCCUUAGAUUGAGCUUUGAAGGACUUGAUGAUGAGGAAGAGAAAAAUAUUGUCUUGCACGUCGCAUGUUUUUUCAAUCAUGAUUAUGAUGUUAAGGAUGUAAAAAAAUUGUUAGAUGCAUGCGGUUAUUCAACUGAGAUUGGAUUGACAAGACUUGAAGAAAAAGCACUUUUAGAUAUUCAUGGAGGAAAAAUAUGCAUGCACAGUCUCAUAAAACAAAUGGGUAAACAAAUUGUCCGUGAAGAAUCAUUAAAAUAUUCUACAUGGUGCAACAUAUUUUGGAUUUUCCAGAAAAGUUCUGAAAUAUUGAAGGAAAAUAUGGGAAGUAUUGAAGGCAUGAUUAUGAACAUUUCAGAAGUUGAAGAGACGCGCGUAAUUAUUAAAGCAUUUCGUUCAAUGCCCAAUCUAAAAUUUCUUAGGGUUUAUGGAAAUUUAAAUGUUCAGCUUAGGAACAAGUUAAAUGCUUCUGGCAUGAUGUUUUUGUCAAAAAACCUCAUGCUAUUGGAUUGGGUGGGAUGCCCUUUGAAGACCUUGCCGACAACAAUCAAGGGUGAAAAUCUUGUUGAAAUAAACAUGCCCUACAGCAAAUUGACAAAACUUUGGGAUGGAGAGCAGAAUCUCGUGAAUUUAAGCAAAAUCAAUCUUAGUGUAUCAGAAGACUUGAUUGAGCUCCCAAAUUUUUCCAAGGCCAUACAUCUUGCAGAAGUUGAUCUCAAUUAUUGUAGAAAAUUGCAGAAUGUUCAUCCAUCUAUUUUAUCUCUUCAUAGCCUCCAUUGUUUAUCUCUAAUAGAUUGCAAAGCUCUUACUAGCCUUACCAGCAACACCCAUCUCAAAUCACUGGGGAAACUCAGCUUGGCGGGAUGCUCAGGACUGAGUGAAUUUUCGGUGACCUCAGAAAAACAAUCGUUUCUCUGGGUGCGUGACGCAACCAUCAAUGGUGAGUUGUGCUCAUCAAGCGGACAUCUCAGCAAAAUUGAUCUUUUGCAUCUACAAAGAUGCGAAGGUGUGACAAGUCUCCACAAAUUGGUUGACAUGCGCACCCUUGGAUACCUUGAUGCUGAUUAUUGUAAUAAGUUAGCAUCAAAUCUGUGUUCCAAAUUUGAUGAGAUGCGUGCUUUGCACUUUCUACGGCUGACUAAUUGUAGUGAAUUAUAUGAAGUUCCUGACAACAUCAGCUUGUUGGCGUCAUUACGUCAGUUAGAUCUCUCAGGGAGUAAUAUAGAGACCUUGCCUUUAAGCAUCAAACAUCUUUCAAGCCUGGAAGAACUCACCUUAAAAGGAUGCAAAAGGCUUCUGUCUCUACCACAACUCCCUCCCUCUAUCUUACUACUGCACGUCAAUGACUGCCUGUCCCUUGAGACUUUACAUUUACCUUUAAUGAGUGAAGAUAGAGAAGGAGAUCAAUUUUCUCCUGAAGAAAUCAGUCUCAUAAAUUGCAUGAAGUUGGAUGGGCAGUCAAUCAAAGCUGUUGAGGCCAGAGUGCUACUUGCCAUAAAUAACAACAAAGCCAUUUAUUUCUCGGCUAAAAUGGAAUAUCCGGGAAGAAGAGUUGCAGAGUGGGUCAUGUAUAGGACUACACAGUCUUUCCUGACUGUGGAUCUCAGUUCGAUUCCACAACCUUGGGAUGGCGCUUUCAUUUUUUGCGCCGUCAUUUCUGGAUCAUCACGGUGCCCAUAUAUUACAGCCGAAUUGUUUAUUGAUGGUCAACAUGCUUCCACGUUUGAGCACUACUCUCUCGGUGAGUCCGUGUUAUCAGAUCACUCCCUGUUAUCAGAUCAUGUUGUUCUUUGGUGCGAUCAAGAGCCAUGUCGAGAAGUACAAAGCAAAAUUGAAGAAAAGAAAAUAGAAGCCCAAAGCAACACUUCUUAUCAUCCAUUGCUUCAAUUUGAAUUCGCAGCCUUUGAUGAUGAUGAAACAACAGUAGAGAUCAAAGAGUGGGGGGUGUGCCCGACAUCUGCAGUUGAAUAUCAAAAUUACAUCAAACAAAUUCAAUUGGCAUUAUUGCAUUGCAAAUCGGCCUCUCGAAAGCGCAAAUAUCACAGCUUACUUCGAUGA